UGGCUGAGCAGCACUGUCACAUAUUGGGCCCCAGCACCAACAAGAAGACCGGGGCCAGGGAAAUUAGAUGAGCUGCAGCCUGACACCUAGACCACGGCAACAAGAAGAGGGAUCACAGCAGAAGCCGGGAGCAGGAUACUGAAAGCACCAGGGGAGCGGCAGGCGUUUUACCGCGUGUGUUCAUUAUAUCUCAGUAAAGAUUACAUCAGUUAAGAAACCAGCGUGUCUUUCCUUGAGAUUCGGUAUAAACUUGAUGUGAAGCUGUGUCCACGAGACAGCGGAGACAUUAUAGUAAAAAGGCUUUUAAAACGUUAUCAGAAGCAGUUAAUCAGCUUUGAAUCGUCCGCAGCCUCAGACUCAUAAAUCCUGUGCCCUGCAGUCUGUGUCGGAGUAAGGGCGCGAAGCACUAGAAAGUGAAACUAAUUCUCUCACGUGCUAUAACACCGCUGUGCUGUGUCCAAUCAUCAUCAUUAUCUACGCUGCCAGCUAAAUCAAGAUGCAGAACCCAGAGAACAGCACUCUGACAGUUAACCCUCAAUGCUCCUAUAAAGAGGAAGACACCUUGCCAAGAAGUAGAUCUAGGUGCACAACAUUGUCUAGAGCGUCCAGUCAAACAAAUCUAACUUCGGUUAGCACCGAUGCAACAAGAUUUAAACGCCAUAGUUCUAGACACUCAAGCACCACUAGCCUGUCAUCCGCUAGCGCCAGAGCAACUAAGGCAAGAGCGAAAGCAGAGGCAGCUUGUGCAAUGGCGUCCUAUGCAAAGCAGGAAGCUGAAUUGAUGAAAGAACAAGCAAAAAGUGAAUCUGAAGCACUUAGAAGAAAAGCUGAAGUGCAAGCAUCUUUACACUUACUGCAACAGCAGAAAAACGCUGCAGCAGCCUUAGCCGAGGCAGAAGUUCUCACAAGGGCUGCCGAAGCUCAGUUCGCUGACAUAGAAACCCAGAUGUCACCCCUCAGCGCAAGCCAACGUACCCGAGAGUACAUACAGUCACAAGCAACCAUGUACACUGACCAGCAGUUCAAUUAUGCACCAAGACCAUCAUUGACUCCACCAGCAAUAAGCAACUUUGAUACUAUGCAACACUGCAAGACUGAAUUAGAACCUCAGGGUAGGAAGUCAAGUGGAUGCAUGCUCAGAGACCAAUCUGCCAACCUGACAAGAGUGCAAACGGAUGCUGAUUUACUCCCUCCUCAAGCAAAUACAAGUCUGGAUUAUAGCAGAAAGACUUACAAUAGAGGAGAACAAAGCAGACUUAGUCAAGUACCUCAUCAGCCUUACCAGCCGCAGCCAUACCCUGAGUUUACACCCAGGAAGUAUUCACCAGAUGCAGCAAGAGCUACAGAGGUAGCAAGAUUCCUGAUGCGCCGUGAGAUAGUGAGCGCUGGUCUAAUGAAAUUCGACGACCGCCCAGAAAACUACUGGGCCUGGAAGUCAUCUUUCCUAAGCGGUACCCAAGACUUAGAUCUGACAGACAGAGAAAAGCUUGAUCUGCUCGUCAAAUGGCUAGGACCAGAGUCCACUGAGCAAGCCCAAAGAAUCAGAUCAGUACAUGUUCAUGACGCAGCAGCAGGACUUGCAAUGGUGUGGAGGAGACUAGAACACUGCUAUGGGUCACCUGAAGUGAUUGAAGAUGCUCUUCUGAAGAGGAUAGAAAACUAUCCAAGAAUGACAAACAAAGACAAUCAAAAGCUGAGAGGGUUUGGGGACCUACUCUUAGAAAUAGAAGCCGCUAAGUCUAGUGGAUAUCUGCCAGGUCUCUCAUACUUAGAUACAGCACGUGGAGUUGAUCCCAUAAUCGAGAAACUUCCUUUCAACUUGCAGGAAAGGUGGGUCACUCAAGCAUCAAGAUACAAGAAAGAACAUCGAGUCGCAUUUCCACCAUUUGCCUUCCUUGCUGAAUUCAUCGUAGACCAAGCUGAAACACGCAAUGAUCCAAGCUUUGCUUUCCUGAACAAGAGAACUGCAAGCUCCCCAAAGGUAGAGCAAAAACAUCCAACGCCUUACAAAGAACGCAGAGCAACAGUUUCUGUACGGAAGACAGAAGUCUCGCCUGAGUCUGCAGUCAAUCAGGAAGACAGCGCAAGUAAGAAAGUUGAGGAGCCAGACAAAAUAUGUCUCAUCCACAACAAGCCUCAUCCACUAAGAAAAUGUCGCAGUUUCAGAAGUAGGACAUUAGAAGAGCGCAAAGCUUACCUUAAAGACAAUCACAUUUGUUUCAGAUGUUGCGCUUCAAUUCAGCAUCUUGCAAAAGACUGUACAAAAACAAUAAAAUGCACAGAGUGCAACAGUGACAAACACCUGUCAGCACUGCACCCAGGACCACCACCAUGGAAACAAGAAGUUCCAGCAACUCAAGAAGAUCAUGGUGGGGAGCAAGGCGAGAGUACAACGCCAGCAGUAACCUCAAAGCGCACUGAGAUCUGUACAGAGCAGGGCCGCCCCAGAUCAUGUUCCAAAAUAUGCUUAGUCAAGGUGUAUCCUGCAGGCUUCAGAGAAAAAGCAAUCAAGAUGUACACAGUCUUGGAUGAACAGAGUAACAGAUCUCUGGCAAAAACAGAGUUCUUUGACCUCUUCGGUGACAAAGGAAGUCCAACUCCAUACACCCUGAAGAGUUGUUCUGGAGUUGUAGAGACAACAGGGAAAAGAGCAAACAACUACAUCAUUGAGUCAUUAGAUGGAAAGACAAAGGUGACUCUUCCUACCCUCAUAGAAUGUGAUGAGAUACCAGACGACAGGUCAGAGAUCCCCACACCUGAAGUUGCUCGUCAUCACCCCUAUCUGGUGCGAAUAGCAGACCAGAUACCAGCACUAGAUCCAGAUGCUGCAAUCAUCCUUCUACUUGGGAGAGAUAUCCUCAGAGUGCACAAAGUCAGAGAACAGUACAAUGGGCCACACAAUGCACCAUUUGCACAACGCCUUGAUCUCGGAUGGGUCAUCGUUGGAGAAGUAUGUCUAGACGGACUCCACAAACCAGAAAAGGUGAAUGUCUACAGAACACAUCUGUUACAGAAUGGUCGCACAUCUUGUCUUUGCCCAUGUACCAACAGUCUACACAUUAAAGAGAGACUUGUUAACCCAACAUAUCAUCAGAGUAUCCAGAGGUGCAUGGAAGACUUAGCCUCAACUGGAGAUACAGAUGAACUGGGAUGUAAGGUGUUUGAAAGAACACGAGAUGACGACAAGCUAGCACCCUCGGUGGAAGAUACUCUCUUCCUUGAGAUUAUGGACAGAGAAGUCUUCAGAGACAAAUCAGGCAGCUGGGUAGCCCCUCUACCCUUCCGGUCACCACGCCAUCGCCUUCCUGACAACAAAGUACAAGCAGAGAAACGCUUCACCUCGUUACAGCACAUGCUACAAAGAAAGCCAAAUAUGAAGAAACACUUCCAAGCCUUCAUGCAGAAGAUCUUUGAUAACGAUCAAGCUGAAAGGGCACCACCACUACAAGAGAACCAAGAACACUGGUACUUACCAAUAUUUGGGGUUUACCAUCCUAAGAAACCAGGCCAGAUACGCGUAGUUUUUGACUCUAGUGCGAAACACCAAGGCAUCUCACUAAAUGAUGUCCUUCUCAGCGGACCUGACCUGAACAACACACUCCUUGGAGUACUCAUCAGGUUCAGAAAAGAACUCGUAGCAGUGACAGCAGACGUACAACAGAUGUUCUACUGUUUCCUUGUUCGUGAAGAUCACAGAGACUACUUAAGGUUCCUGUGGUAUGCAGACAAUGACUUUAACAAAGAAAUCACAGAGUACAGGAUGAAGGUACAUGUGUUUGGAAACAGCCCUUCUCCAGCUGUAGCUAUCUACAACCUGAGACGAGCAGCACAGCAAGGUGAAAGACAUGGUCAAGAAGCCACACAGUUCGUCAUGAAGAACUUCUACGUAGAUGAUGGACUUGCUUCUUUCUCCAGCAACGAAGAAGCUAUCAACGUCCUGAAAAGUACAAGAGAAAUGUUGGCAGAAUCCAACAUAAGACUGAACAAGGUAGCUAGCUUCCAACAGCAACAGAGUCAUGGAAGCAUUUCCAAUGGAAGACCGUGCUAAAGACCUCAAAGACUUGGAUCUAGGAACAGAAUCACCACCCUUGCAAAGAAGUCUUGGGAUUAGUUGGGACCUGAAGACUGACAGUUUCACCUUCAGGGUCUCCAGAGAAGAGAAGCCAUUCACAA